AUAGGUGAGACCUGGCUUAGAGAUUUAGACCAUCAUGCUGAUAUUCCAGAUUUUAAAUUUUAUCCACACACUCCGUAAAGAUAGGGCAGUGGUGGUGUAGGGAUAUCCCUUGGCCUUUAUCUAGCCGGCAACCUCGAAAAUAACCGUCGAUCUGACUUGAAUUUCGCUCAUGAUGAAUGUGCAGAAUCAUUGUUUUUGGAAGUCAUCAGGCCGACAGUGAAAAACAUAGUUGAUGAUAGAAAUAAGAGAGAUGGUGAGUUUUGAGCUCGGUAAAGGAAUAAAGAAAGAUGUUUUUCGUCUUAUCACGAGUGUGGGACAAAGAAAAAAAUUCUGAGUCCCCAUCACUUCACUUCAUGUAUUUAUUUAAAGAAAUAUAAGGUUUACAAAACUUCAUGUCCUGCAAAUAGCUACAAUGCUAAUCUAGACAGGACAAGACUUUAACUAAAGGCGUUAUUAAAUUACAUAAGAAAAAAGAAAAGAAGAAAUACAAAAACAUACAGAAAGAAACACCUUACAUAUAAAUUCAAGUACAAGGGAUUUUGUUAUUUGAAAAAGACUAAAAUUACAACUAGAGGUAUAUACAAUAUAUCAGGUUAACUUCACAAAAUAUUCUAUUAAAAAAUUAACAUUCAAAUAAUUAUCUUCAUUACCUAGAACAUUAAGGGGUAGUGAUUUAAUUUUUUUACGAAAAUUAGAAACAUUGAGAGUCUUAACAGAAAGUGGAAUAGAAUUCCAAAUAGACACACCGAUUCUAGUAAAAGAUUUUUUCAUUUUUUCAGUUCUAGAGAAUUUGACAGAGAAGCAUUCUUUUGCAGAUAAUCGCGUAUUAUAAUGAUGUUCUGUAUUGAUUUUCUCAAACUUAUCGAGAAGACUUUUAGGAGCUGUCUUAACAUGAACGUCAUACAUUAAAUAGCUUAACUGUUGAAAGAACAAAGACUGCAAAGGAAGGCAGUUUGAUUCAAUAAAAAAAGGGAUUGCAUGGUCUCUGGGUUUAGAAAAAUAAAUCAAACGCAGAGCACGUUUUUGCAGAACAAGUAUCUUAUUGAGGUAGGUCUGUGGACAGUUGCCCCAUGCACAGAUACCAUAAUUUAAAUAAGGAGAAAUAAGUGCAUGAUAUAAAUUCAAAAGAAGACGCCGUGGAAUGUAAUGCCUCAUUUUAGCAAUUAUUCCAACCGAUCUACUAAUUUUGUGACAGAUAAAGUCAAUAUGAUGCUUCCAUGAUAGUUCAGAAUCAAUCAUUAUACCCAAAUAUUUAACAAAGUCCUUCAUCUCUAGAGUUACUCUAGUAUUUAAAGUUGGAUUAAAAAUCUUAAUUUGAGGAAUGAAAGGCAUUCUUUUUUGGUGGGGACGAAAAAUGACAUAAUUAGACUUUUUGACGUUGAGCGUUAGUUUGUUAGCAUUAAGCCAUUCGCUUACUUUCUCAAGUUCAUUAUUGACAGUUAGUUCAAGAGUACGUAAGUUGUCAUUUGCAUAAGUUAGACUUGUAUCGUCUGCGAAAAGAUAAAAAGUAAAUUCCUUGGAAGAUUUAUGGAUGUCAUUAAUAUAUAACAAAAAUAACAAGGGUCCAAGUACAGAGCCUUGAGGAAUCGAACCUCAGACCUUCGGAUUCCGCGCUCUGAAGCUCUACCACUGAGCCACAGAGACUCCACGGUGAGCGAGGUCUAUUACAAAGUUCAUGUGACACGCGUCCUGCCCACUGCUAGGAUCAGCAAUGUCGAUAGCGUAAUGUUUGUAGAUAGAAAUAAGAGAGAUGGUAAGUUUUGAGCUCGGUAAGGAAGUAAAGAAAGAUGUUUUUCGUCUUGUCACGAGCGUUGAUAGUCUUAUAAACAGGCCUUCCGAUCAAAAUUUGCAUGAUUUUAGCAGAAGACCAGAUCCUCUGCUUACAAGUAUGGCUGGAAUCUGGAUUUAAUGAACCACUAUUGUCAUUAAACUUCUGAGGAGUUUUCAGAUGUGAUUCAUUCUAGAUUUUUUCCUUUGAUCACUCGGCAAACUAUUACGGCGAUGCUCACAUCAUAGAUAAUAUUUUCACUAAUGAUUUGAACGACCCCUCGGUGAGUAGGCUAGUUCCUCCUGAUAUAACUGACCAUCAUCCAAUUUUUUCCUUUACUUCUCGAUCUAAGGGAAAACAAAAAUAA